AUGGUUGCUUCUGGCUCGGGUUUUAUCGUGGAUGCAGCGCUUAACGAGACAGGGAAGUGGGAACAAGGGAAGCUUUUACGUCUGAAUGCAAAGGUUCGUGUAGCCAAAGGAGAAGUUAAGGAUGCUAUUGAGACUUACGCACAACUUCUUGCACUCCUUCGGGGGACAAUAAUUCAUGCUUCAGUUGGUGAACAACUCAUAAAAAAAUAUGGUGACAAGCUACAUGAGGGAGAUGCAAUUGUCGUCCAGUUGUUCAAGGUCUUCGAUGCAAUUGGUGAAUAUCGUACAACUCCACAUCCGUACAAAAUUGGUUUCUAUCCAACCACUUAUGUUGGAAAAGCUGAUGAGUUUCCAAGUGAAGUUCCUGAAAAGAAUUUUGCGGACUUUACCGAUAUUUUGGAAGGAAAUAUUGAUAGCAACUUCUUAGUUGAUGUUAUUGGCCAAAUAGUCAACUUUGGGUCGUUGGAAAACAAAAGCAUUAAAGGAAAAGAUAACAUGAGGCUUUUGAUCGAGCUACGUGACCAUAGGUUCUGUUCCGUUAAAGAGUGGAAAGGGGUUUACUCCAUAUCUAGCGGGUUUAACUCCACCCACAUUUUGCUAAACCCAACGUGUUCAUUGGUUGAUGAGUUUAAAGCUUGUCUUCCUGAUGAUUCACUUGCUAUUACAAACAAAGAUAGUAGCCAAUGGUCUGUUGCUAGUGCUACAUCUGUUCGUGCCCGGUUUUUUGUUCUUAAUGAGAGGCUAACAAUAAGAGAUAUCGUUGAUAGUUGGGACUUUUGUCACUCUGGGACUAUUGAAAACGUAGAUACUGAACGUGGUUGGCAAUAUCUAAGUUGCAAAUACCACAACAAAAAAGUAUUGCCUACAACCAAUGUUGAUGAUGAUAACCGUCCCUUGUUUAAAUUAAUUGUCCACUUUAAAGACGAUACCGGUGAUGCAAACUUUCUUUUGUUUGAUGGCAAUGCUCAAGUGCUUGUGCGUCGUUCUGCCGCUGAACUCUAUGAUGAGAAUCUAGAUGAAGACUUGUUACCAGCAGCAGUUAGCGACCUUUUUGGCAAGAGAAUCCUUUUUGGCAAGAGAAUCCUUUUUGAGGUUUCAGUUGACGCUGAUAACAUGAAAGGAAAGAGCUCUCAGUAUGUUGUCUGA